CCGCGGGUGCUGGGGGCUCGAGCACCGAGCGCGGAGCUGGUUGAGCCUUCAAAGUCCUAAAACGCGCGGCCGUGGGUUCGGGGUUUAUCGAUUGAAUUCCGCCGGCGCGGGAGCCUCUGCAGAGAGCGAGCGCGAGAGAUGGACAUGGACAGACGGAUUCAUUUAGAGCUGCGGAACAGGACGCCCUCUGAUGUGAAAGAGCUUGUCUUGGACAACUGUCGGUCGAAUGAAGGCAAAAUCGAAGGCCUGACAGAUGAAUUUGAAGAACUGGAAUUCUUGAGUACAAUCAACGUCGGCCUCACCUCAGUCGCAAACUUACCAAAGUUAAACAAACUCAAGAAGCUUGAACUAAGCGAUAACAGAAUCUCAGGGGGCCUGGAAGUAUUGGCAGAAAAGUGUCCGAACCUUACGCAUCUAAACUUAAGCGGCAACAAAAUUAAAGACCUCAGCACGAUAGAGCCCCUGAAAAAGUUAGAAAACCUCAAGAGCUUAGACCUUUUCAAUUGCGAGGUGACCAACCUGAACGACUACCGGGAAAACGUGUUCGAGCUCCUCCCGCAGCUCACGUACCUCGAUGGCUAUGACCGGGAUGACAAGGAGGCCUCUGACUCGGAUGCCGAGGGCUACGUGGAGGGCCUGGACGACGACGAGGAGGAGGAGGACGAGGAGGAGGACGAGGAUGAAGAGUUGUUUGAUGAAGACGCUCAGGUAGUGGAAGACGAGGAGGACGAGGACGAGGAGGAGGAGGGCGAAGAGGAGGACGUGAGUGGAGAGGAGGAGGAGGAUGAGGAAGGUUACAACGACGGGGAAGUGGAUGAGGAGGAAGAGGAAGAUGCUGGUGAGGAAGAAAGGGGUCAGAAGCGGAAACGAGACCCCGAAGACGAAGGGGAAGAGGACGACUGAGUGGAAUCACUAUUUUGAGAAAAUUCCUAUUGUGAUUUGACUGUUUUUACCCGUCUCCCCUCCCCCCUCCUCCAAAUCCUGCCCCCUGAAACUUAUUUUUUUCUGAUUGUAAUGUUGCCGUGGGAACGAGAGGGGAACCGUGUACUGGGGGUCGCGGGGGGAGGGUGGGCGGGAGGGGUGGAAUAAAAGACUAUUUUUACUGCCA